AUGGUGCUCACUCCUGGAAGCACCCACGGCCCGACGGUGGAUAUCACGGCCCCAGAGACAAAUGACGAGGGCUACCGGUCGCUGACGUCGACCAGCAGCGGCGCCUCGCUGCCGGCGGCCGCCAGCCCCCCGCGGUCGGCGCUGGCCGACGUCAGCAACCAGUCAGCCGGCGGCGACACGUCCCAGCUCAGCCGCAUCGGACUACACGCCCUGUCCGAGGAGUGGACGGACGCCAGCGGCGCGCUGCCGACAGAGCCACCUGUCGACGGCGAGGAGAACCAGCGCCGCAAGACGCUGACCGACAGGGAUACCAACCCGAUGGCGCACCGCAAGAUCGGCGCCUCGCGCAAGCGACGCAGCGUGCUGUUCGAGACCGCCCUGUGA